AUGUCACAGGAAGUAGAUAUGAUUGUUGGAAAUAAUAUCUAUCACAACACAAGUAAUGAGUUGAACCAAAGAUUGGAGGAGGAAAGAUUAAAACAAAUACAGGUGGCCAAGGAGAAUGAGGCUUUAAAGAAGCGUUUAGAGGACAUGCAGAAAUCCACAGCAAAACGAUCACCCUCCACCCAGAAUCUUUACUCUUCAACAUCUUCACUUUCAUCACAUCUCUCCAAGAGAAAGAGCAGUGAGAGUAGUGGAAGUAGUAGUGAUGCUGAAAAUACAUUUAGUAAAGAUUCACAAGAUAGUUAUCAUCAAUCUACAUACAUAAACAAUAAUAGUAAUAAUAAUUAUAAGUUAGAGAAUAAUGAUAAUGAUAAUGAUAUUAAUAAUUGUAAUAAUAGUAAUAAUAAUCAACAACAAACUUUAAAUAUUGAAGUGAAUCACAAAGAGAUUGAAGAGACGAUGUCGAAAUUUGAAGAGCAAGUUUUGCAGCUAAAAGAUGUACUUUCCAAGCAAAGCAAUGGUGAGCCAUCAUCAGCUCUGUCGAGCAGUGAAUGCACAACGACCCAAUCAUCACCGACAACGACAGCCAACAACUCUAUCGAUGCAACCCUCCUCGCAGACACACAACGCCUGCUCCAAAGCAAGGUGGAAACAUUCGAACAGAAAUUCUCUUCAAUUAAAAAUAUUUUGUUGGAUAUAUCUGCAAUGCAAUUAAAUUCGUCAAACAACAACAUCCAAAAUAAUAAUAAUACAACCAAUGAAAUUAAUAAGGAUGGUGGUGAUCAUAUUCAAGAUGCAAACAACAAUCUGAAUAAUGAUAACUCCGACGCCAAUAAUAAUAAUGUAAAUAAUAAUGAUAAUAGUAAUGAUAACAACAACAAUGUUUGUGGUGAUGGGUCAAAAUUGGAAGACAAAAAUAUCAAUAAUUCAUUCGAUGGGAUCUCAAAUGGCACUGCAACAGAGACUCUCGCAAAGUGUGGUGGUGGGGUUGAUCAACAAAAAACAGAAAAAUCCAAAAAUUUGGAUGUUUUUUUGGAUAAAGUUGAACAACCCACAGCAACACCCACUUCCAACAUUGAAAAUCAUAACAAAGAUGCAAAGCAAAUGGAUUUCACAUUUAUUGCUGCUGAUGAAGAGGAACUCAGACAAUUAAUAUCAGGUGGAGCCAAUAAUACCACUACUCAAGAUAACAAGGAAGAGGAAAGAGAAAAAGAAAAAGAUGAAUGUAACAACAACAACAAUAAUAAUAAUAAUGCACGGCCACCACCACAAUCAUUAAAUGAUCAAACCGUUGUUUUUGUUGAUCAACAGUCAUCAUCAUCAUCACAACUAUUAAUAAAACAAGAACAAACUAUUAAUAUUAGUAAUAAUAAUAAUAAUAAUAAUAAUAAGAAUAAUAAUAACGAAGAAGAUUCUGAAGAGGAUUCCGAGGAAGAAGAAGAUUCUGAAGAGGAAGUAGAGAACUUGGUAAAAGAUAGUAAUCAAGAGAUUGUAGAGAAAUUAUUGGCCGGUGACACUGACACCAAUACAUCGAUGAACAAGACAUCACCACGAUUGUUACCCAUCGAUUUUAUUGAUGUUUCUUCGUUGCCAGAUGUACCAUCGACCAUUCCAGUGAUCGGUCUCGGUUCCAAUUCCUCUGCCAACUCGCUGCGGGGUGGCGAAGAUUCAAACACCUCAUCGUCAUCCUCAUCCAAACACAGUCCAUCACCCUCAAAAAACAAUCUAAACAACAACAUAACAACCGAUAAAAACAACAAUAAUAAUAGCAAUAACAAUAGCAAUAACAAUUUGAAUAGUAGUCAAAGUAAUCUUGUCAGUGGAAGUGCAAGCAGCGGCUCUGCACAAAAUCAAAACACGGGCAGUGGUGUUGCAGGAACAAAUGUCGGUGGUGAACAAAUCACUAUGUUCAGCAUGAAGGUGACUUCGCUCAAUGACAAUAUCAUCAAGGAAGGCAUACUGAAGAAGAAGGGUGGUGGCGAAGGUGGUCGUCGUAACUGGACCACCAGAUGGUUCCGUCUGAAGGCAGACACACUCUCCUACUAUAAAAAGCGCAAAGACUCCAAGCCAAAGGGCAUUGUAAAGCUGAGCCAAGCCAGAACGGAAACACACUCUGGCAAGCCCUUUGGAAUCGUACUGCUAUCGGGUAUCAACGAAAAGAACAUGGUUCGUGACUAUCUACUGAUGGCCGAGUCAAAGAAGGAACAGGAGGAGUGGAUCGAUGCAAUCAACCAAGUCAUCGCUAGAAUACCACUGGGUGCAACCACAUCCACACCAACACUGAUAUCAACCACCACCACCACCACCACAACUUCAACAUCACCAUCUUUAACAUCAUCAACAUCCAACAACAACAACAACAAUACAUCACCAUCAUCAACAUCACCAAGUUUAUUAGCAACUUCACCAUCAAAACAUAAAUAG